AUGUCCAUGCUAGUCCGCCCAUCGAAGAGAAAGCUUCACGAGGUUGAGACGCUAGAGGAUGGGCCUCGAAAGUACAAUGCAAGCGCCCUAGCCUCCCCCACCGUCCCCCUUUCAUCCCGGCCACCCUCUCGUCGAUCGAGUGAACACAGAGAAGCAUCUGGAGAUUCACACUCGCGGCCACCAUCGUUGAGAGAACUGCACUCCAAUCGCGGAUCACCGGUUUUGUUCGAAAAUGGUCAUCUUCAGACUCCACGGACUUUCAGCCCUAAAGCAUCCAUUGUUUUAAUUGGAAUUCGAGGUACUGGAAAGUCCAGUUUGGCUGUCAUUCUUGCCGCAACAUCCGGACGACGCUUGAUCGACGCAGACCGCUACUUUCAACAGAGUGUGGGAUGUUCCCGGGCGGUUUUCAAAAAGGAAAAUGAUGGAUUUGUGUAUCGCCAACAGGAGGCUCGGGUCUUUGAAUCGAUGCUGGGGGAUAACCAAGAGGGGUGUGUGAUUGCAUGCGGGGCCGGAUCAAUGGAGCGGAAUGGCCAAAGGCUCCUUAGAGAAUACGCGCAGACACACCCCGUUAUCCACGUGGUCCGUGACCCAGAAAGUAUUCAAUCGUACCUCAAGGCCUGGGAUACACAGAAAGUACGACACUUUUUGGAUUUGUCUGGCCCGAUAUACCGAGGUUGCUCCAACCUCGAAUUCUUCAAUUUAUCUGAGGCCAGAAGUGAUAGUGUGCCCGCAGACAAUAGUGAUUCACCGGCACACAGAACGGAACCCAGAUCACAUACGCCCAUCCCUUUCUUAACCCUAAAACGAGUUCAGAGAGACUUCCUCCGUUUCAUUGCUUUUAUCACUGGUGACAUUGCCGAACUCAAUAGCCAGCAUGCUUCAUUCCCGCUUUCACUGUUACCCGUGGAAUCCCGAACUUACACCACUGCAGUGUCGGUGCCGUUCUCUAGGGUGUGUGAAAAGGGCGUGGAUAUCGAGGAGCUAGAGUUCACUGCAGAUGCCUUCGAAUUAGCCAUCGAUGUGACAGAUUCUUCUGGUCAGCCAGGCCUUGACUCGAGCCUUGCGGACAGCAUCAGUCAGGCAAUUGCAACAAUUCGUCGUAACAUUAUCGUGCCGUUGAUCUAUCACGUGGAAAGUUACACUUCCGCAGGGUCUCUUUCUCCUAGUCAAGCCCCGGUACGCAGCUCGGACGAAAUCUACUUGAACCUCGUCCGUCACGGGCUGCGUCUGUCCACUGGAUUCUUGACAGUAGAUCUCUGUCGGGAUGACCAUCUCCUUUCUCAAAUCAUUUCUGCCAGUGGACGAACAAGAAUAAUAGGCCAUUUCGAAGCCUACCAACCCCUACCUGGUGGCUGGGAUGGGGAUGAGUAUAUGAAAGUCUAUGAGCGCGCCAAAAGACUGGGUUGUGAUAUCGUUCGGCUGUGCCAACCAGCCGAAGCCCCGGAAGACAAUAUUGCUGUGCAAAGAUUCCGCCAUCGCAUUCAAAGUUUGCCCGUGCCUGGUCUUUCUCUGAUAGCAUACAACACAGGCCCGCUCGGGCGCAUGUCUCGCUGCUUCAAUCCUGUCCUUUCGCCUGUGACACACCCGUCUCUGGUGACCGAAAGGCCAACUCAAUUACGAUCGUGGAUUACAGCGCGCGAGGCGCAGCAGUCGCUUUACAGCUCUUUUGCCCUGGAUCCCAUGCAGUUCUUUGUAUUCGGUGCCAACACUACCUACAGUAUGUCGCCCGCCAUGCACAACACUGCCUUCAAGAUAUGUGGCUUGCCGCAUAAUUACGCAAUCCAUCAAUCACCUACGCUACGGGGGUUAAACGACCUUGUGGAAAAUCAAUACUUCGGCGGAUCGAGUGUCAGUCUGCCGUACAAAACAGAGUGCAUCCCUCUCCUCCACUCAAUGUCCACACACGCCCGAGCCAUCGGCGCAAUUAACACCCUCAUUCCGAUUCGCAACGUCCAGGACCUCGACAAUGUCCGUCUCCAAGAAUCCUCCGUUUUUCUCGAAAAGAGCCGCGCAGGUCCCAUUAAAGGUCUACAUGGCGAUAACACCGACUGGAUCGGAAUCUGCAACUGCAUCCGCCGUGGCCUGUCUCCCGCGAACGCGGUACGGCCAUCAACGACCGGCCUUGUGAUCGGGUCCGGUGGAAUGGCCCGCGCUGCAAUCUACUCUAUGAUCCAUCUUGGCGUGCAAAAUAUCUUUGUCUAUAACCGCACGCUUGCCAACGCAGAAAGGCUCGCUCACCACUACAACCGACAAGACCUUCACUCCAAGGAAGCCAGCGGGUCUGGCCGUCCUACUGUUCGCAUUGUCGCGUCUUUGUCAGACCCCUGGCCGGCAGACUUCAAACAACCUACCAUUGUUACCUCGUGUAUUCCAGCUCACAGCAUCGGCGGUGAGCCAGCCCCCAACUUCCACAUGCCCACGCAGUGGCUGGAGAGCCCGACGGGCGGCGUGGUGGUCGAUUUGGCAUACAAACCCCUCAACACCCCUCUCAUGAAACAAACCAGAGGCCUCUCUCAUCGCGGCUGGGUAGCCCUCGACGGUCUUGAUGUUCUCCCAGAGCAAGGUUUCGCUCAAUUCGAGCUUUUCACUGGCCGCCGCGCUCCACGGCGUGUCAUGCGCAGUAUUGUUCUCCAGGAAUACAAGGAUGAUGAAGGCAAUGACGAUCAUGACGCAAUACAGGACAGGCUACAGCAGAUGGACGGUCAGCCGAAUUGA